UCGUUCGUGCGUGGGUAAACAAGCAUGGCGGAGAAAGUACGGAGAAAGUACUCGAUUGAGGAUAAGCGCAGACUGCUGGAAAUGUACGACCGGCUCCCCAACAUGAGCCAGAAAAAGGCGGCGAUGCGCCUGAACAUCACCCAGUCCGUGCUGUGGACGAUCCUCCGCAACAGGAACAUUAUAAUGAGGGGAGAACCGCACCACGUCCGCUGCGGGAAGGUGCCGAGGCUGGAGGCCGCGCUGUGGCGCUGGAUCGACGCGAUGAGGAGGCGGGGCGCCGCGCCGUCCGACCUUUUGAUCCACAGGAGGGCCAUGGAGCUGGCGGCGCGGAUGGGGCUGACGCAGUUCAGGGCGAGUCCGAACUGGUACCGAGGCUUUAAGAGGAGGGAGAAGACUGUGAGGGAGCUGUACCACGUUCAGCUAGAAGAACAGAACCAGACGGAGAGACCUCAGCCGGGCAGUGCAGCAAACCUCCUACAGAACCUCCAGCAGAACCCCCUCUAUAACCCCCUGCAGCUGAACCAGCAGCAAAAAGAGGAAAUGCAAGUGGUGGUAAAGUAUGAGGGCCAAGUGGAGCGAAGCGAGCUGCUCUCAGUGAAACUCGAGCCCGCCGAUCCCACCGUGGUCACUGCUGAGAUCAACGGGGGCAUGAAGACCAUCACAGUGCCUUCCCUGCACCAGAUGAAGGAGGCCAUGCAGACUCUAGCCACCGGCCUGUUGUACAGAGGCUUCUGUGACUUUAAGCUGCUCCACCAGUUCGAGAAGGAGGUGGCUAAUGUUGUGAAGAGGUCCCUGGCUCAGGGGAGUCGAGACAGUUUCCAGGCCUGAGUGGGAUGGGGGGGCUGUGGGUCCUGUGGUUUCACGGCUUUAUGGUUUCAUGACUUAAUGGCUUUGUAAAGAAGAUCUUGUCAACACCAUCUGUUGGGGUUAUGGAUUUGGAAUGAUGAUCAUCAUUUGUUGAGAUCCAGUCUAGAUUUUACUUUGAGGUCAAGAUUGUAUUGAUUCCUGCCUUAUAUAUGGGCUAAAUAGGGGCACAGUAUAAGAGUUUUUGGCCAAAGCAGAUUAAAUAAGUUCAUAUAUGCCAAAUCCUGAUGUUUUUUUAAAGGUCUAUACUAGCUUUUGAGAGAGACAGGCCAGUUCCUGGCUUGAGUGAAUGGGAACCGAUGUGCCCUGAGAUUUCAUGACUUCGUCAACACCAGCUGAUGGUGGAUUGAUGAUCAUUUGUUGAGAUCCAGUCCAGAUUUUACUUUGAGGUCAGGAUUUUGAUUCCUCCCCUUUUUUAUGCGUUAAAUAGGGGCACAGUAUGGCAUUUUUUUUGGCCAAAUCAGUUUAAAUGAGCCCCUAUAAGUCUAAUUUAGAUGAUUUUAAAAGGUCCACGGUUUACAAGACUGCUGAAUAAUAACAAAGGAGUUUUAUGGUUAAAGAAACCCUGGUGUUGAAAGCUCACUCACAGGGCUGAAAAACAGAGCUUCAGAACAUCUCAUUUAAUUUAGAUCAUCGCAUUAAGAUCUAGUGCAGUUUUAAUGCAGUUUACAUUGGUUCCUGCCUAUAUAUGGGUUAAGUAGUGGGGCAGCAUGGGUGUUGUGGGUCAAAGCAGAUUAUAUUAUAUAUAUAUUUUUGUACCUUGUAUCUCGAAAUGUAAACACGAUCUAAAUGGAUGAGCAAAACACUAAGAUAUGACAUUAGUGGAGAUCUGUAUUUCAUCAUCACCUGUAGCAGUUUGAAAUAGAGAGGCAGAGGACCAAUGGUAGAUUGUGUGUGGCUGGAGGCUGAUUUUUGAGAGAGGUUUUCAGGCCAAUCUUUUCAGCAACUCCUAGCCUGCUGCUAUUUUAUCUUUUUUUACAGUGUAUAUCAGGCAGUACUGUUCAUUGUGCGUACUUACUGUAGUGUAAAAAUGUCAUGGUUCUAUAGAACUCUAACUACAAUUAUUUCAGUGAGUGCAAUGCUAGCUGCAGAUACAGCUUUAGGCUAACAUGCUACAGUUUCUUAGCCAGUUUAGAGCAUGGGUGGGAAACCAAGGGCCAAAGUUCAGUAGAGUUUUUCCUGCUUAAACACUUCUAAACAGAUUAUUUGCUAAAAAAUUUAGCUAAAUACCAGCUGUGGUUUAGCUGUUGUGUGAUACAUACCAUAUUAACUCUUUCUAUGCUACUUUUGAUUAUAUAUCUUGGAAGUCUUGCUUGAUUCUAGGAUUGACAUAUUGUGCAUAUUAGAAAUUCUGGAUGUAAGCAGUUUCUCUCAAUAAGAAUAAUUCAAUGCCAUUUACACUUUCCAUUGCUAAACAAGUUGCUUUAAGCUCAAAAUGGUUAGUGUAACGUUUACCAGUUGAAUUGUCUGACUGUAUCAAGCUAAAUUCGAAAAUUGGGCGUAAAACUUUUUUUUUCUUUUUCAUUCAGUAGAGUAAAGAAGAAAUGGGUUUUUAUAUAUAUUUCUAGUUUUUAAUUUCAGUCUUGCGCAAAUGGAUUUUCAAGAAAAAUUCUAAGUGAAUCUUUCUGAAUUUUUUUUCCUCAGAUUUGUCCAUUUUUGUAUCUUGUAAUCCUGAUGGUAUAAUCCAACUUGUAAAAUGCGAAAAUGGAAAAAUCUGAAAAUAAAGAUACAUUUUUUUUCAUUUGUGAGGUACAGAUAUUAAAAAACUAAAUGUGGAAAAAUUUAUACAUUUCUUGAUCAGUGCACCACAUUAAAAAAAAGUUUGUUAAAUCUAAUUUUCUAUUUUUGAAUUUAGCCUCAAACACUCAGGAAAAAAAAACAAUAAACGUUACACUGACCCAAAAUAAUGGUGCUUCUAAGGGAAUUUCAAGUGAUAUAUAAUUUUUGGUUUGAUAAAGGGUAAAAAAAAUCCCACUACUUGAAACUUUUUUAAAAGGUUCUUUACACGUAUAUCCCUUACAAAAACGCUUCUGUAUGGAUUGAUAAGUAUCGAUAACUUAAAGAACUCUAAAUACCACUAGAUUCCACUUUGAGUUUCUAAUAAGGCCAUGAUGUCCACUACAAAAUGGCUAAAGUGGUCUGAUCAUCAUCUACAGAUGACGAGAUGACAAAUAAUUACUUUUUUUUUUUGCUUUUUUAGGUUUACAGCAGGGGGUGUUAUUGAGGGCAGAAUUCUAUCACAGUGUUUUUCCAGCUCAAGCAUGUUCAGUUCAAUUUAAUUUACCCAUUUAUUGAUUGGUAUGGUUUGGCCGUAAAUACACUACAAUACUUUCAGGGUCAUCAGAUCAUUGUAUCAUUGAAUCUGAUGUACUAUUUAUACUACACAACCUGUUGUCUUGUCGUUGGGAAUUGAGGCAUCUGUGAUCACCCUGCAGACUCUCAGAUCAAACCUAAACCUUUUUUUUUUUUUUUUUUUUUAGCAACCAAGCCAAAUUUAGGCUUUUAAUUUGUAGUCUUCAAAAAGCGAAUGGCAUUUGAAAAAAAAAAUGCUAAAAUGUAGCUUGAACCUUGUGUUAACUAUGUGUUUGAGCUAGUAAACUCGAUGCUUGAUGUUCAUGGGCCUUGGUUUACAGAACACACGUAAAGCUUGAAUGUAUACGUCUACAUAUUUUUUAAACUUUUGAUACUCUGUCAAAAAUUCAUAAAUUCACUUUUACAGUACUGUAUUGCAGUCCUCCUCUUUCUGGAUGAUUUUUGCAAAUGUAUUAAGUUUUUUUCUAAUGUAACUGUUUAUUGCCCUGUCUGUCUAUUGUUGGAGGAGCCUGUUUCGUCUUUACUUUAUGAGGACACUUUGGGUCAACUUUGAAUGCUUCUUUUUGGAUUUCCAUGACAAAAUAUGGACUGAAUAUUGUAAGUAACACUAGUAUGUACAGGUUAAAGCUUUGAUGGACCCUUUUCAAGUCAUCUGUGGACAUCAGUUCGAACUAUUUUGGAGAUUUGUGUUGCGUUUUACGGCAUUUUCAGAACAUUCCUUGUUUUUUGGGCCCAACAGUCUGCUAUUCCAUACUGCUUGCUGCUCUAGUUUAGGGUAUAUGGAUGAGGUGGGAUGUGUAACACUACUAAGUCAUAGUCACUAGAGGUCACUGUUGUCUUCAGUUUGAAAGUAUUACUAUUAUCUUUUUUUUUCCUGUUUUUAGACUAGUUUUAGUGAAUGAAUGAUUGGUUGUAGUUUUUAGUUCUCACACACAUCACAUUAAUUUUAAAUGACUUUAUGCAUUUUAUAUUUUUAUAUAAAUCAGUCUUGAGGGGAAAAUGAUAUGAAAAGAAACUUCACAGAAUGAGUGUUUGUUUUAGCUGCUUAUACAUACUGUGCCUUUGUGUCUUACAUGACUGAUCUGGACAAAUGUGUCGAGAACAUAGCAACAUAUAUUACUGGAUACUGUUAGACACGUUUUGAUAUGACUGUUUUUUUUUAUGUUUUAAAAUCGGCAGAAAACAUGAAUGUUCAACUUUUUACA